GUCGCUAUGUAGGCCGCAUAUAAAAGCUGCGCGGAGGUGGCGGGGCCUCCACUACAGUAGUGUCCACGGCAGAAGGAGCAUGACGUGGAGACCCCUAGUGUGUUGUGCGUUUCUCAUUUGCACCGUACAAAUCGGUGCCGCACUCACAUACCACCCUCGUCGGCCGUCGUUCCUCCGAGUAAAGCGGCAGCAGCAAGGAACCCCAGACGAGACUACAACCAAGAAGGAGGAGAGCUUCGAGACAGAACUAUGUAAAGAUAAGGAUGCAGGAGAGUGGUUCCGACUUGUGGCUGGUGAGGGAGACAACUGCCGAGAUGUCAUCCAGUGUACCUCUUCGGGACUGCAAGCCAUCAGGUGUCCUGCAGGACUGUUUUUCGACAUCGAGAAACAAACUUGCGACUGGAAGGAUGCAGUGAAGAACUGCAAGCUGAAGAACAAGGAGAGGAAGGUCAAGCCUCUCUUGUACACUGAUGAGCCACUCUGCCAGGAUGGGUUACUGGCCUGUGGAGAUGGUGCGUGUAUUGAGCGAGGACUUUUCUGCAACGGCGAGAAGGACUGCGGUGACGGCUCAGACGAGAAUACUUGUGACAAUGACAAUGAUCCUAACCGUGCGCCUCCUUGCGAUCCUGCCGUCUGCGUCCUCCCCGACUGUUUCUGCUCAGAGGACGGUACCUCUAUCCCGGGUGACCUGCCGUUCAAGGAGGUUCCCCAGAUGAUCACCAUCACCUUUGACGACGCCAUCAACAACAACAACAUAGAGUUGUACAAGGAAAUGUUUAACGGUAAGAGGAAGAACCCGAACGGCUGCAACAUCAAGGCCACGUUCUUCGUCUCCCACAAGUACACCAACUACUCUGCUGUCCAGGAGAUGCACAGGAAGGGCCACGAGAUCGCUGUUCAUUCUAUAACUCACGGGUGUUGCAGACACAACGACGAAGAACAGUUCUGGAGCAACGCCACGGUCGACGACUGGGCCAAGGAAAUGGCCGGGAUGAGAGUUAUCGUUGAGAAAUACGCUAACUUGACAGACAACAGCGUGGUCGGUGUGAGGGCUCCCUACCUCAGAGUCGGCGGGAACAAUCAGUUCACUAUGAUGGAGGAGCAGGCCUUCCUGUACGAUUCCACAAUCACAGCUCCCUUGUCCAAUCCACCUCUCUGGCCCUACACAAUGUACUUCCGUAUGCCUCACCGCUGUCACGGCAACCUCCAGCAUUGCCCAACCAGGAGUCACGCUGUCUGGGAGAUGGUCAUGAACGAGCUGGACCGCAGGGAGGACCCCAACUUCGACGAGUACCUCCCGGGUUGUGCCAUGGUGGACUCCUGCUCCAAUAUCCUUACCGGAGACCAGUUCUACAACUUCCUCAACCACAACUUUGACCGCCACUACGACCAGAACCGCGCACCACUGGGUCUCUACUUCCACGCCGCUUGGCUCAAGAACAACCCCGAGUUCCUGGACGCCUUCCUCUACUGGAUCGAUGAGGUCUUGGAGAAGUACAACGACGUCUACUUCGUGACUAUGACGCAAGUGAUUCAGUGGAUCCAGAAUCCCAGGACGGUCUCCGAAGUGAAGAACUUCGAGCCCUGGAGGGAGAAGUGCUCUGUGGAGGGCCCUCCUGCCUGCUGGGUGCCUCACUCCUGCAAGCUAACAAGCAAGGAAGUUCCGGGGGAGACGAUCAAUCUGCAGACCUGUGUCAGAUGUCCCAACAACUACCCCUGGGUCAACGAUCCCACUGGAGACGGGUUUUUCUAAGUCAACGAUCUCAUCGAUAAGGUAUCAAAUCGAGACCCGCCCCGCGAAGAACGCUCCAUCCUCCUCUCCCACAAACGACUGAUUUGUGUUGGUUACGCAUUGUGAUUUUUUAUUUUAUUUUUUUUCAAACUUAAAACCACAGGGGAUUGAAGGACCGAGGGUUUUGUGGGGCAAAAGAGUCAAGUGUAAAAUAUAGUCCUUGUUCCGAAUGUACAAAGUCUGAUAAUGGAGUGUCAAGGACAUGUGACGGUCAAGGAUCGCUCAAGACUAUAAGAACUUGCCAAAUGUUAAUGUGCUUUGCACCAAUACUGAAUUUAUUGUGAUUUAAAUUUUUUUUGUCAUAAAUAUCUGUGUAAAUUAUUCAACUUACUGUUUAUUUCUUACGUUGUACUAAUAAUAGUUAAAUAAAAACCUACACACACUUC